AUGUUCUGUAUCUGUGGAACAUUAAUCCAUGUUGCUUCAGAAAGCCGAAAGAUUGUAUGCUUGAGAUGCAAGCGAGAAAACAGCGUUGAAAUGCUAAAGCCCGUCUGUAGAACUGUUAAUGUCAAGAAAGAAACGCAUUUUGAGCAAAUUGAAGUUAAAGGUGCAAAGAUCAAGCAUCAGUGCCCAAAGUGUGGGAAUGAAGAGAUGAUGUACAAUACUGCACAGCUGAGGUCUGCAGAUGAGGGGCAAACCGUGUUCUACAGCUGUGAAUGUGGAUAUAAGUUCACGGUACAGUCAUGA